AUGGCAUUGAGCGAUCUCGUACUUGAUUUUUACGAGAUAACCAAUGCAAGUCGAGUUGAUAUGAGUGAUUUUGAAUUACUCAAAGUACUCGGCACGGGAGCAUAUGGAAAAGUAUUUCUCGUGCGAAAGAUAACCGGUGCCGAUCUCGGUAAACUAUAUGCCAUGAAAGUGCUGAAGAAAGCGGCCAUUUUACAAAAGGCGAAAACGGCUGAACAUAUUAAAACCGAACGACAAGUUUUAGAGUCGAUUCGCCAGAUUCCAUUCUUAGUUUCACUUCAUUAUGCUUUUCAAAGCGACGCCAAACUUCAUCUUGUUAUGGAUUAUGUCAAUGGAGGAGAAUUAUUCACACAUCUGAAUAAACGACAGCAUUUUGCUGAGCACGAUGCAAAAAUCUAUAUUGCAGAAUUAGCACUUGCCCUUGGGCAACUUCACAAACUCGGCAUUAUUUAUCGUGAUAUCAAACUUGAGAAUAUUUUACUGGAUAGUGACGGACAUAUUGUACUAGCCGAUUUCGGUUUAAGCAAAGAGUUUCGACCGGAUGAUGCGGAUAAAAGAACAUAUUCAUUCUGUGGAACGAUUGAAUAUAUGGCACCGGAAGUGGUGAAAGGUGGUGAUGCGGGACAUGAUUUUACGGUUGAUUGGUGGAGUCUCGGCGUUUUGACAUUUGAACUGUUGACUGGUGCGUCACCAUUUACUGUCGAUGGUGAUAAAAAUACUCAACCGGAAAUUUCAAAGCGAAUUUUGAAAAAUCAACCUUUGAUACCCAACCAUAUAUCGAAAGUGGCCAAGGACUUUAUUCUUAAACUCUUAAUGAAAAAUCCUAAACGUCGUCUAGGUGCUAAAGGCUUAGAAGACAUCAAACGUCAUCCAUUCUUUGGGCCAGACAUCGACUGGGACGCGAUUGCGCAGAAACGUGUUCAGGCACCAAUUAAACCUAAAAUAAAAGACGAAAUGGAUACCAGUAAUUUUGCCGAUGAAUUUACUCGAUUGCCCUUAACGGAUUCACCAGGUUUGGCUCCGCCAACGGAAAGUCUUUUCCGAGGUUAUUCGUUCAUUUCCCCAACGGUUCUUUUCGGUCCAGAGAAUGCAGUUAAUGAAGAUUUAUAUAAUCUUCUUCGUCUAACCAAUCAUCAAAGACCUGAUCCCUCUCAACUUCAUCGAUUGAUUAAAACAAGUCCUUUUUUUCAAAAUUACGAAUUAAUCGAUCGCGAAGGUUUUCUCGGUGAAGGAAGUUUCUCUAUUUGUCGUCGGUGUCGAAAUCGUCGAACACAAGAAGAAUUCGCUGUUAAAAUCGUUUCACUACGACAGGAAGUGGACACCUAUAACGAAAUCGAACUAUUACGUCUAUGUCAAGGACAUGCAAACAUUGUUAAAUUACACGAAGUAUUCACUGACGAGCUACAUACAUAUAUCAUCAUGGAAUUGUUGACAGGUGGCGAACUGUUCUAUCGAAUCCGUACCCAAGCUUCGUUUUCUGAAAAAGAAGCGAGUCAAUUGAUGAAAAAACUUGUUUCCGCUGUUAAUUUCAUGCAUAGCAAUGAUCUAUGUCACCGAGAUCUCAAGCCUGAGAAUUUACUAUUCUCCUCACCGAAUGCAAACGCAGAAAUUAAAAUCAUCGAUUUUGGUUUUGCUAAGAAACGCACGAAACAUCAACCGAUGACAACACCGUGUGGAACACUUCUAUAUACUGCACCUGAAGUUCUUCGUGCGGCUACAUCAUUUAAAGAUUCUCAAUCUUCAUGUUUAUCAACGUCAUCUUCAUCAUCAUCUAUAAGUACAACGACAGCUCUCGUUCCUGUAAUAACAACAAUACAUUCAGGUGCAACAACAUAUGGUUAUGAUGAAUCGUGUGAUCUUUGGUCGCUUGGUGUGAUUCUGUAUACAAUGUUAAGCGGAGAAGUGCCAUUCAAUUCAAUAGCUGCUCAUCGAACAGCUGAAGAGAUUGUUGAAGAUAUAACACGGUCGAAACUAUCGUAUAAUUCUCCUGGAUGGAGGAACGUUUCACAAGCAGCAAAAGAUCUUGUUAAAGGCAUGGAAAAUUUCGGUUUACUAACGGUUGAUCCAUCGAAACGAUUAACAAUCAAAGAUUUAACAAGGAACACAUGGCUUCGCAGUUCGAGUACUACCACAAUACUUGAUCAUCCUCAACUUCUACUGACUCCUAGCAUACUUUCACAAGCAUCUCGAUCGUUGAUUGUUCGAGCAGUUAAUGUCACAAUGCGUGCAUUUCAAAAAGCUGGUCAAUUUCAACUUUCAUCUGUCAACGACGGAGUUCUUGCCCGACGCCGUUAUACGAAAAAGUCAACUGAUUCUUGUUCGUCGACAUCCAGUUCGACAACGACUUCGACAGCUGCUGUUGUUCCCACUGGUAUUCCGCCGUCAACAUUGCCACAUACCCGUCGUUUAUGUGGUAAUGGUGUAUGUCGAUGUCGGCAUGCGCCAUGUCCGCCAACGAAUGAUUCGUCUUCUUCGUCCUCAUUUGAUUUCAGCGACGAACGACUCUCGCAGCUGAUUGAUCAGUACCCUUUAACAACAACAACAACAACGACGACAACUAGUCCUCCGAAACGUUAUGGAAUGACAUUAAGAUCACGUGGAAUUGCAGCUCCAAGCGGUAUCACACAUGAAUUUGCGUCUCCAGCUCCGCCACCACCAUUACUUGUACCCUCUCUAUCUUCCUCAUCGUCUUCCUCUUCUAUAAUAGCCGACGUACCCUCAUCAGUAAAUCUGACUGGUGAAAAACGUCCGUUGACAUCGCCAAUUAAUCAUUUAGUAGCACCGGUUCAUAAAAAACUGAAACGAUCAGGCACGAUAACGAUCGAUGAUUAG